AUGGGUGUCCCUGAGCAGCCCUUGGUGUGUCUGGGUCACGCUGGGGAAAGGAGGCUCUGGCUGAAAAUUGUGAACAACACCCUCCCCAAAAUAAGUCUGCGCUCCCUGCCAGGCUUUGGGCACGAGGUGGGCUUCAACACCAAGCUGCUGGUAGAGAGCACCAGUGCGCCGGGCAGGGCGCUCUGCAUGCAGGUGGAGGCAGAUGUGGUCAUGCUGGUCCAGGACAAGUGGGCGGCUCUCCAGAGCGAUAAGGACUGCAAGACUUUGGACAUAAACAUCCGUGUGAGACCCAAAGUGCCACUGCUGGAUCAGCCUUUAAAACGCCUCCUUAGUGAUGUCCUGCGUGAGGUGGGGUGCAACAUCGUCAACAGCAGGCUCAACGUGGUGAGCACUCUGCUCGGCUCCAGGACGCCCGCGUCCCCGCUCGGGGCUCUGGGAGAUCUGCCCCCCUUUUCCAUCAUCAGCGGCGACGCCAUCCAGCUGGAUCUAAAUGUAAGUGCCACCGCUUCCCCUGGCCCAAAGACCUUGGACUUGCUCCUCGCCGGGGAUGCGGAAGGCGGUGUGGUGGCCUCCACGCAGGGACCGUCACUUGCCGCCACGGUGUUACUAGCCACCGGCCACCCGCCGCUGCUCAGGCUCCCCCAGCACAUCCUCAGCACCCUGCUGGAGCCCAUCCAGGGGCAGGGAGCCUUCAGCCUCAGCAUCACCGACUCGAUGAUCGCCAAGGUCCUCCCCGGCUCUCUGCCGCUGGAGCUGCGCGUGCGGGUGGCCAACAAGCCAGUGGUGGCCGUGAGGGACCGAAGAGCCACUGCCACCCUCAAAGCCUCCAUCGACAUCUUGAGUCCCCUCCUGCAGUCCUCCCAGAAGCCUCUCUUCUCCCUCGACACGGACAUCAUUCUGAACAUCACCCCAUCGGUCUCCGACGGCAAACUGCAAACCUCCCUGGCUCUUGACAGCAUCAGCCUGACACGGGCACCCCUGAGACUCGACCCUCUCAGUGUCUCCCUGCUUGCAGGAUGGCUCAAGCAAGUCCUUGCUGCUGCAUACGUACCUGCCAUUAACGAUGCCUUGCGUGUGUCGGUCCCUCUGCCCAACAUUCUCAACACCAGCCUCAGGAACGCCAAGGUUGACAUCACCGACGCAGAUGACUCUCUCAACCAGACCAGUCUCAAAGGAUCCUGCUUGGGAGGACCCUCGACCCUGCUCGCCGUCUGA